AUGUCGGCUCACCUUCAAAAGCGCAAGCGAGGAAGACCUCGGAAAGCCACAGUCAACGAGCAGAGCAUUCCCAACAACUCUGACGAUGAGAUAUAUGACGAGCUACCAGCAGCGAUACGCACGGUUUCCGGCGAGUUACUCGACACAGCUUUAGCUUCAGUCAUAGUUGAGGAGGAGAUACCCACGGUGGGGAAACUGAAGCGUAGCCAGGGUGCUUCCACCAAGCUUCAAGAUGCACUUGAUCAUUUACCCGCCCUUCGUGAACAAAUAACCCAGUCUUUACACCAUAAUCCGGGUAUCGGUUGUCCCUGCGCAUGUGGAGACCAGAACGCUGUUUUCACCUGCUCUCUCUGCUCUGGGAGGCAGAUGCUUUGCAGCGCAUGCACUGUGAAGCAGCACUCACAGCACCCCUUUCAUCGGAUCUUCCAGUGGAAAACCGAUGUCUAUGGCUCUGCGUUCAGUCCUAUCUCUCUCCUGGAUCUUGGGCUGGUUUUGGACGCUUGCACCAAUGGGUUUCAGCCUUGCCCACGAGCAUCAUCCGACACAAUGAAGCUCACUGUUGUUGCGGUCAAUGGCAUUCACGAAUUAAAGAUUCGUCUUUGUGGCUGCCGAAGCCCUGCAACAGAGAGGUUAUAUGAACGAUGGGAACAGCUACUUCAGCUUCGACUUUUCCCUGCUACAUUUGCCUUUCCCCGAACAGCCUUCGACUUCCACGCCCUCGAACAAUUCCACGUCCAGUCCUUGACCUCCAAAAUCACGGUCUACGAUUACAUACGCUCUCUCGAGAAGCUGACAGACGCCGUCUUCCCUCAAGAUGUCACUGAUCGGUACCGAGAAUUCGCCCGGUCCUUCCGCAUCUGGCGGUUCUUAGCGCUUGAACGACGAGCGGGGCAACAGCAUGGAAUUGAUUCCCAUGUCCCACAUCGAACCGAAGGUGGAUUGGCAACACGCUGUCCUGCAUGCCCAGAAGUCGGAUUCAAUAUCUCCCGCGCAGAGAUUGACGCACUACCAGAUGACCUAAAGUAUACUUCCCGACUUGUACUCUCCGUGGAUGCAAACUUCAAGGCACAACGCAAAAAUAAGAAAACGAAGGAGGACUCGGGUGACAUAGUACUGAAUGCAGGCCACGCGUUCUUUCCUGAUGACCAAGACUUCACCGAAUAUAUCAAAGUAACCGACGCAGCAAAGAUCAAGGAGCCCAAUCCCGAGCCCGAGGGUAUCAUUUGCAACCAUUUUAACGCCAAAACGCUGCAGAAUAUGGCUAAAUUCAAGAACGUUGUCAUCUCCGGUGUUGUUGCCGUUCAGUGUGCUCGACAUGGGUUUUUCCUUCCUGGGGCGCUUGUCGAUCUCACGAGAGGAGAGGCGUACAACCGAACCGACUAUGCAGUCUGCAAUGUGUUGGCCGAAAACCAUCUGAACGAAAAUAUAGCGAUUACCUACGAUAUCUGGUGUCAGUAUGGUAUCAACCUACCGAAGCGUGUCCAGAAGUUCUUCAACACUCUCUAUCCGCUUGCAAAGCUCGUGUUUGGCGGGAUUCCCAAGAUGCAUAUUCACAAUCAUCGGGAGUUCUGCGAGUUGAUUUACAACUUAAAUUGGCUGGUUGGUAUGGGUUUGAUCACGGGAGAGAUGAUCGAGUCAUCUUGGGCCGAGCUCAAUCUGACCGCAGGGAGUACCAAAGAGCAGAACCACGGCAAUCGUCACGACUCGCUCGAUGAGGCAUGCAACAAUUGGAACUGGGACAAGUUAAUCCGGCUCGCAGAUACUCUUGUUCGCCUCUACUGUGACGCAAAGCUUCAGCUAAAUCGGCGCCAAAAUGAUUUCAAUGGCCAUUGCAGCACCGUUCCGCCUGAAAAACUUGCCGAAUGGCACUCAAUACCAGCAGAGACUACAUUCGAUGUAAACGGAAAAGUCGUCAACUGCCCAUUUGAGCUCAAACUCGAGAAUGGCCCACCGACUCACCAAGCAGCUUACCGAAAGCUUAUGGAAGAAGAAUUUUCAAACAAAAAACAAAAACUUGGCUUGUUCGAAGGCGACUCAGCAAUCAUCGCUAUCGGUUUAGCUAUCGAAAGAGAUCAGUGUUCAGUUGCCCGUCUUGUCUCCGCAAAGCGACCCGACCAAGAAGAUGUCAUUUCAAAUCGCCGCAAUCAACUGACUGACAAGCUCACCGAAUUUCGCCAGGUCCUAUUGGAACGUGUGCCUGCACUGAAAACGCUCCUGAGGGACCCGAUUUCCGAGAAACCCGAAAUCACACGUCUCUUCCUACCAUCCGAGUUCUCUGCAAUUCAACGGGACGACUACGACCUAGUGGCACUUGCAUCGAUCGAGUAUGCAUUGCGUGAAGGCCUCGCACAUGACACCUUGCAGGAGAUACGGAACGCUAUCCGGGCAUUCAACAUCACCAUCAACUUCAAGAAAACCCAUAUCACAGGGACGGGCGCCAAUACACGGGCGCAGACACAUGCUAUGGUGCAAUACAAUGAUAUUCGCAUCCUUGCGACAGGGUAUAAGGUGCAACGCGAGGCGCUGAUGCGACUUGGUCUCCCUCCGACUGACACAGUGCUCCGACCAUUACUCAAGAAACAUUUGAAGGGGAAGGAUGGGCAAGCUCUGAGAGCAGGCCAGUCACGGGAGUUGGAGUCGUGGAUUUGGAGAGUUGCCCGCCCAGAGGGAAUGUCCGAAGCACAGGCCAAAGAUUGGCAAUUUGAAAUGGAUCGAAUGCGCUAUUUCCGGUUACGCGCCUCUGUAGACCGAGCGACCGAGGAGAUCAACAUUUUGGAGGCUGAGUUCAAGCGAUGCAAGACGGCCUUUGAUCGCUAUGCAAUGAUAUGGGCGGAAAUGGCUCAAGCGCCACAGAGUUUGGUGCUGGGGAAGUCGGCUUAUGCGGUCAAAAAGGCAAGGAUGUUCGCCAAGCUUGCUAUGCGGUCCGAGAAUGCCAGGGCCUCGCUGGACAAAGCAUAUGGUGACGCUUUGAAGCGCCAGGAAAAGCGUGAUGCCGAGCAGGCGGCGAAGGAUGCUCAGGACGCCGAGAUGGAAGAGGAGGGCGGUGACCAGGAGUUGUUUGAGGUGGAUUUGGUGCGGGAUAUGCAUACAGGGUAG